AUGGACCAGGCAGUGUUCCAGACCCUGACAGACACUCUGUCCGCCGACCCUAAUGCCAGGAUGGCAGCAGAACUCAGACUUAAGGAACUCCAGUCCAUGCCAGAGUACCCUCUGAGCUUAUGCAAGCUGACGCUGACGCGAGAAUGCAACAUCUCGCAACGCCACUCUGCCGUGGUUUUGCUUAAGAGUUACAUUGACCAGCAAUGGUCGCCCAAGAGCCUGAAGUUCCGGGGUCCAGAGCCAUCACCAGAGAUCAAGGCGGUGGUUCGGGGACAGAUCUUGACUGGCCUCUCCGACCCUACGAACAGGAUUAGAGCCUCAUGUAUAGCUCACCUGGACUGGCCAGACUCGUGGCCAGAGCUCUUCGAAGUCCUACUAGGCCAUCUCAAGACUGGCUCUACCGACGAGGUUCACGGUUCCAUGCGGGUCUUGGCUGAAUUUGUGAGCAAGGACAUUACCCAUACAUACUCCCAUGCAACACGGUCGCGGUGUGUCUCAAUCUUCAGGAGUGCAGUCGAUAUGCUUUACGCGAUGAAGGAGGAGCACCCAGAGGCCGUCAAGGAGUACCUCAGUCCGAUCUUCAGUCAAUGGAACGACGCCUUCAUCACCAUCCUGAACAAGCGUACAACAGACGAUCCAGAGAUUGAGGUUGCAGAGUGGGGUCUCAAAGUUGAUAUCAUCAAGUGCAUAAACUUGUCGAUCCAGGGCUUUCCCAAGCUCACGUCGUCGUAUAUUCUUCCGGUUCUGUCCACUGUGUGGCAGGAGAUCCUAUACUUGCGGCCAAAAUAUAUUUCAGAGAACAUUGCUACCAAUGGCGACAUCUCAGGAUUCAGCUUCCAGGAUUCGGAUGGAGACAAUAUUGGAUUCGAAUCCCUGCUUCUUGUGCAGUUCGAGUUCAUUCAGAUCGCGUGCCGGAGACGAAAGCUGACCCAGUCGGUCUUUACGGGCCAUGAUGGUCACCCUGGAAUCCUUGACGAACUGGUCUGGAAUACCUUGAGCUACAUGCAGAUGACGGACGAUCAGGCAGAAACCUGGAAUGCCGACCCCAACCAGUUCAUUGCGGACGAGGAUGCAGAUUCGUUCACACAUCAUGUCCGUAAUGCGGCACAGGAUGUCCUUGCGACCUUGGUAGAACAUUAUGAAAGUCAGACUCUUCUCGCCCUCAGCCAGAGCAUUCACCGGGAUAUUACUGCUUCUAUGGCGGACAAGGCCGGCGGGAAAGAUUACUGGUGGAAGGCGCAAGAGUCGAGUCUGCUGGCGGUUGGUCUCAUGGCGAGUUACUUGUGCGAGAGUAUAAAGCGGGGGACCCCUUCACCCAUCGACGUCGGAGCUCUCUUUGACCACCUUGUUCUGGUCAAUUUAUCAGAGCACAGGCUCCCUUUCCUACAAGGCCGCUCUUUUGUCUUUGCAUCGCAGUUUGCACCAAUCCUGCCACUGAACCUGGCCGCUCAGUACGUUUCGGCGGCAGUUGAAGCCAUUCUAAAGGCUCCUUCUGCAGUUGUCAAGGUGUCUGCCCUGAAGGCCCUCAACAACUUUAACCGCCACCUGGACAAGCAGUAUAUUGCACCAUACCAGCGAUCCAUCAUUCAAGGUGUUGCACCACUUGUGCAAAUCACUUCAGAGGAAACGCUCAUCCUGAUAUUCCGCACACUCACAGCCACCGCAAAGAUCGAUGAUCAAAUUGCAGCCGAAUUCGAGUCCAUCCUUGGUCCAAUCGCUCUUGAGUCUUGGGCAAAAUAUCAUGCCGACGCUUGUAUGUCCGGGGAGACAAUGGACUUUUUCGAUACCCUUGCUGCUAACUCCUAUAUGAACCCAUUGCUCAACAAACGUGCUAUACCUGUACUUUGUGGCGCCAUUACUCCCGACAAUCCCGACAGAGCAACUGUAUCAGCUGCUGUUCAGCUUUUGCGGUCCUUGAUCCGAGGAGGGCCGUCUCCGUUACCUGCUGGCUAUGUUGCUCAGUUCUUCCCAAGUUUGAUGGCCGUCCUUCUUUCCAUUGACGACAGAGACGUUCUUCAGAAUGGGCAAGAGUGUCUCAAGAUUCUAAUUCAAAAGGACGUUCGCCAAGUCGCUGAGUGGCGCGAUGCAGCAUCUGGCAAGACUGGCUUGGAUCUUUUGAUUCAGUUUAUUGCCAAGUUGCUGGACCCAUCUCAGACAGAAUCUGCGGCGCUGUUCGUGGGAGACCUUGUUUCCAAGUUGAUCACGAAGGGUGAUAACUUGGUGACACCCAUUCUCCCAGAUCUUUUGAGGGCGGUCACCAUCCGCCUCGCAGACGCUAAACUACCAUCCUUCAUUCAGAUUGUCUUGUCUGCCUGGCUUCUCAACCAUGCUGACUUCCAAGGUCUCUAUCACCAGAAAGUGAGCGCUGUUGCUCUGACCAAGGUGUUUACAUCUGGCGAUCCUCGGGUGGCAGUCAUCCAGGUCAAAGGUGACAUGAUCCUCAACGAAAACUCUCGUCGAACAACGCGUUCUACAGCCCGGAAAGCUCCGAACCAGUACACGGUUGUGUCUGCGCCAGUCAAGAUUGUUAAGCUUCUCUGUGCGGAUCUGAUCACCAGGAUCGAGGAGGAGAACCACUCGGGCGAUUUCGGCGAUGACGACAGUGAGGAAGACGAUGACGACGACGACGAGGAGCCCGAGGCAGAGGACCGCAAGGACUGGAAGGGGUCCAAGAGUCAUGAAAAGUCAGUCCUUCUGUCUGAUGUCCUGGGCGAUGAUGGCAAUGACUAUUAUGAUGGCGCUGAGGAUGGUGAUGACGACCUGGAAGAAAUUGAUCCGGACGUCCUUGCUGACCCAGUUUACCAGACCAACUUGAAAAAGUUCCUGGUUGAUUUCUUCCGUGUCCAGCUUCCUUCUCCUGGCCUUGUUCAGUGUAUCAGUGAGCUCAAUGAUGCCGAGAAGCAGACGCUAUCAGGCCUCCUCGAGAACUGA